AUGUUCUGCCAAAAGUGCAGGCAGCCGCUGAAGCUGCACGACUCCCUCCAAGGACUCAACGCAGCGGCAUAUGAUCUUUUGAUUUCAUCGACAACAACAACAUCAACAACAACACCACAGCCGCCUCAACAUGAAAUCGAACCACGGUCGUCACUCCUCCAAUCGCAGCAGCAGGCAAGAAAGUCACUUUAUAAUCAAGCAUUCCAAAACUCGAGUCAUCCAACGUUCAAAAGACACCAUGGCGGUCAGAGUCGCGACUCAGCCAUGUCAUUCAUAUACCUGACAGAGUCGCAAGUUGGCCAUCCGCAGACACUCUCCAAAGAGACUCCGCCAACCCUACCAGCACAAGCUCCAGCUCCGGAUUCCAAAGAAGGCUCAGCUUUCAACAGUCAACACGUGAACAGGGGCGAUGAUGUGGAGAGGAUCAACAGGCUGUUCGAGAUCCUGUCCUCGCGAUCUGACAUUGACCAUCCUAUAUGUGUGGAAUGCACAGACCUUCUCGUCGAGGGGUUGCAAAGAAAACUGGAAUCCGCAGUCAAGGAGCGAGAUGCCUACGUCAAUCAUUUGCGGCAAGUAAAGGCAGCGAAACCGGACGAUGACGAGAUCAAGUCUCGUCAGGAGGCGUUAAGAAGAGCAGAAAAGGACAGAGCCGCGGCCGUGGACGAGUUGAAGAAACUAGAAAAAGAAAAAGAUGCUCUCGACAAAGAAAUAUUGACACUCGAGGACGAAUCUCGCCAGCUUGACAAAGAAGAAGAGGCGUUUUGGCGGGAGCGAAACGCUUUCGCCACCAAGAUGGCCGACUUUCAAGCGGAGAGGGACAGCAUCAACGCCAAGUACAGCCAUGAUUCUCAGCUCCUCGAAAAGCUCCAAAAGUCCAACGUGUACAACGAUACUUUCUAUAUCAGCCACGACGGCAGCUUUGCUACCAUCAACGGCCUUCGGCUAGGGCGAUUGUCCAACAAGCCUGUCGAUUGGUCAGAGAUCAACGCAGCCUGGGGCCAUGCUCUUUUACUGCUCGUAACCGUGGCCGAUAAACUCGAAUACAAAUUUCAAGGCUACGACCCGCAACCCAUGGGGAGUACGUCAAAGAUUAUUCGGUACGACUUUCCCAGUCCCUCGUCAAGUCGGUUGGGCAGCCGAGCCAUGCAAGCACCGCCUAAGAAGCAUACGUUAGAGCUCUACAGCUCUGGAGACAUGCCUUUGGGUUUGACAUUUAUGCAUCGCAAAUUCGACAAUGCCAUGGUUGCGUUCCUGGAACUAGUGCGACAAUUGGGCGCCUACGUUCAAAGAGAGACUGACCCUCCUGGAAAUGCGCUCCGCCUGCCUUACAAGAUCGACGGAGACAAGAUUGGAGACGUGAGCAUCAAGUUGGGGAUUGCGCAAGAUGACGGAUGGACCAAGGCAUGCAAGCUCACCCUCACGUGUUGCAAAUUUCUACUGGCGCAUGCCAGCAAUGUUGAUUCAAAGGCUAGAAAUACAAUGACGUGA